AUGAAGCACCAAGUGUCGCUCCUGGUCCUGCUGGCUGGCUGCUGCCUGCUGGCUGCUGGCCUCGUCCAGGCCGCUGCCGGCCCGGAGAAGGCCAAGUCGACGGCACAGCUGCUGAAGGCAGCCCGCCGCAGCUCCUACUUCAAUGAGCCGGCCCUGGCCAAGUUCAGCUGGGGCGGCAGCAGCAGCAGCAGCAGCAGCUCCUCCACGGGCACCAAGGACGCAUCGAGUGGACGGCUCUUCCUCAAGAAGUUCCUCAUGUUCAAGAAUAUGUUCAGCAGCAGCAGCCAGCCGGUGAUCCCCAUCAUCAUCACCGGAGCUGGCACUGGCACCACCGGCACCGCCACCAACACGGCCAGUCCCACGGUGACUGUCACAUCGACGGGCACCAUUCCCACGGCCACGGGCACCGUCACCACCUCGCCGACGACCACUGGCACGACCGGGACCACUGGUCGCCAAGGGGAUGGCAUCGCCUAUGGAGCCGAUGCGGAGGAGGACGAUUCCGCUGAUGCGGAUGAGAACCAGGCACAGGCCCAGGCACAGGGCUAUCCCGGCGCCCUGGCAGCCAAUGCCGAGCUGCUCGACGAGCAGGCCCUGGAGGCGGCCCUCGCCGCCGGCGCCCAGGAGUACGAGGUUGUGACCGAUGCCGAUGUCCAGGGCACGGGUGCCGUUGCCGGUGCCGGGGCCGGGGCCGGGGCCACCGAGAGCAAGGCCACCCAGAACAAUAUGAUCAAUCUGCGGCGCAAGGGCGCCCGCCGGGGCCAGCAGAUAAGCGUCCGCAUCCCACCCCGCUACCGUCGCUACUUCAAGAACGGCCAGAAGGUGAUGCUGAACACCAACCGUCGCCCCAACAAGCGUCGCGUGGUGAGGAAGCGCCUCCCCAACAGGAAGCUGCAGAAUCGUCGUCGUGUGAACGGAGGCGGCAAUAAGAAGAGGAUCAAUAACAACAGCAACAGGAACAAGAACAGGAACAAGAACAAGGGCAACAAGCGUACACGCAUCACAGCCGUCUAA